AAUCGUUAUUAUGGCAUCUGAAGACACUACCCAAGGUCAUCUUGUCAUUGAAUGUGACAUCUGCAAACAACCAGUCUCGUUCUUCUGUAGACGAUGUGGGGUCAAUCUUUGCGAUCCAUGUGUUCCGGUACAUCUCCGAAUUAAGUCCAAGAUCGGACAUGACGUGGUGGAUUACGUCAGUAGAUAUGAUGAGGACACUUGUACGUGUGAUUUUCAUCCACAGAACGAAUGUCAUAUGUACUGCCAGACUUGUGAUUUCCCGAUAUGCAUGGUAUGUGUUUCCAUCAAACACAAAUCACACGAAAUGUCUGUAGUUACCGAUACAAUUGACAAUCUAAUGAAAACCAUUAUGAAAGAAAACGAGCGACUUCAGAAAUAUAAAUGUGAAUUUGAAAAAAUUCUUAAUUAUACGACACGGGUAUUGCCUUCAUUAUCCAAAGUUUACCGACAGAAGAAGGAUGAAGUGACGUCAAGGGGAGAAAAAUGGCACAGACACAUAGAGAAAACCGUGAAGGCGCUCCACAAGGAACUGGACGACAUGCAAAAGGAGCACGAACCACUACUCCAGAAACAGAAGAGAGAAUUGGAAGAUAUUUUAGAAAAAAUUCAUGAAAUGAACGCCACGACAAUAAAACUGAAAUGCUCGCAGAGUGUCAUGGAAAUGAAGAAAUGCAUAGUAAAGUUUAAAAAAAUGGAAACGCCCUCGGAGAUUACACAGUAUUCAUUCCCGGUGCUUUGCGAAUGCAAAAUUGACGACAACUAUUUGAAAUCGUAUUUUGGAUACAUCGAAAAUAUACAAGAAAGGAAGAUUUCCUUGCCGAGAUUGAUACCUGAAGACGCUGUGAUUUCGAAUCACAAACUAUUAGAGGUGCCUAAAGUUAUCACAGCUAUAGACACAUGGUUUCCUGCAGAGAAAAAGAAUGAUGAGCGUCUCUACAAUAUUGGUGUUAUCAAUGAUAGCAAAGUGGUGAUGGGAGGAGAAAGUAAAGAACUCAAGUUGUUUGAUUUCCAGGGAAACCUCCACGACUCUGUCGCCAUCACAACACACGGCAUGUACUUAACGGUAUACAACAAACAAGUGAUUUACACAGAACGGGGCAGCAAUACUGUGUAUAGAGUAGCAGAUGAUAAAACAAUCCAGACGAUAUUUACAACCGGGAAGUGGAGACCACGUGGAAUCACGAGUACUGCGUCAGAUGACCUACUGGUCUGUCUCCGUAAAGCCGACCAGUCCAAAGUCAUGCGAUACAGCAUUACUGGUACCGUACUCCAGGAAAUCCAGUACGACUCGCAAGGCCAUACUUUGUACGGAAAAAUAAAUUCCAUCACUGAGAAUAUUAACGGGGACAUCAUCGUAACAGAAUGGAAUAAAAACGCUGUAAUUGCUGUCAAUAGAUUAGGAAUAUUUCGGUUUUCUUACUCUGGGAGGGACAAACUAUUUUUCGCAUGCGCCGUCACUACUGAUCCUGCCGGUCACGUUAUCGUUACUGACUCGACUGGUGACAAGAUCCACAUGUUGGACAGGGACGGUCGAUUCCUGAGGUACAUCAUUCCUGAUCAAGGGAUUAAAUACCCACGCAGCGUGUGUAUCGUCGGGGACGGAGAACUGUUUGUUGGGGAAAGUAAGACCGGUAUAGCUAAAAGAAUAAAAUAUUUGGAGUAAUAAACAGAAUGAAUGGUAUAUGCAUGUUGUUUUGCAUAAACCAUUUUCUUAUGGUGAAGAUAACGAACAGUGACCAAUCUCAUAACUCCUAUAAGGAAAACAAAAUAGAGAGUUGCGCACACAACAACCCCUGGAUAUACCAGAGGUGGGAUCAGGUGCCUAGGAGGGUAAGCAUCCCCUGUUGACCGGUUACACCCACCGUGAGCCCUGAUAUAGGGUAAACGGAGUUGUCCGUA